ACCCUAGCUACCAAAUAACAAAAUGGCCGACACUGGCCAAACUGCUGGUGUCAGUGAGCAACAAGUUACAGCUGAUGGUAUGGCAGACCAAGAAGCACCAAGCAUGGAGGCCGUCAGUGUUACAGACCCCAACAUGAGUCAGGCCGAUAUGUCAGCUCUGCUCAAGAAAAUCGAUUAUGACCCAUAUAAUGAAGAUGAAAAUGAACUGCGAUUUUUGCACUCAAAACCAACCUGCUUUGUCAUUCUGGGAAAACCAGGGGCAGGAAAGACAACUCUUGCUAAAAGGCUGGCCAUGGAGUGGAAGUGUGAACUCAUAUCAUCUACGGAUUUACUCCAGCAGCACCUUGAUAUGAUGACAGAAUUUGGCGUAAAGUGUAUGGGAAUUCUGUUGAAAGGGGAGGCGAUUCCAGAGGAAAUGGUCAUAAAAAUGGUGGAGGAAAAAAUUAAUUCCCCUGAGGUUGCACAUCAUGGUUAUGUGCUGGACGACUUCCCAACUCUGUCAGAGGCAACAUUGACAGGCAAGGAUCAACUGGAGCUGAUCAAAAACUGGAAACUGAAGCCAGAUUUUAUCAUUAACAUGAAGAUUCCCGACAAAGACCUUGAGAAGCGUCGUGUCGGAAUGAGGGUGGACCCAGUGUCAGGGGAACUCUACACAGAUGAUAUUAUCAACCCAGAACGACCAGCGAAAGAGGAGAAGGAAGGAGAGGGUGAGGAGGAGGAAGAAGAAGAGGAGGCUGAGGAGGAGGAGACCGCUAACGAGGAUGAGGAUAUGAUCCCCGAGUUGCCCACGGAAGUCCUGGAACGCCUGAUCACCCGACCUGAGGAUCUACCAGAACAUGUCGAGAAACACAUACGCAAGUACAAGGUCAACUUGCUCAGGCUGCUCGAGGAGUACAUGGCAGACCAUGACCAGCAGUAUCUGAUUGAGAUGGACGCCAACCAGACAUCUAGUAACCUAUUUAAGCAACUGCAGUCAAGACUUAACUGCUUUGUGCUUCGUCCGGCCGCUGUCCCCAUGCGCCUUCAUGACCCUGAGGAAGAGGAAAUCCCAGAGGACAUUGACACGGAUGAGCUGAUGCGCUCUCUUGCACCAAAGCAGAUGGUUGCCCCACGAUUCCGAUGGCGCCGAAGUCGAUGGUUAAGGAACUGCCCUGUUGCUCUGCACGACGGCAACAUUAUACCAGGGAAACCAGAUAUGGCUGUCAGUUUCCUGGAUAAGGUAUACUGUCUGUCAAGCCCAGAGGCGAUGGAGAAAUUCCUGAAGAACCCACGCCCGUACUUGCUACCCCCUCAGCCUCGACCCCCGUGUAAAAUCUCCGUCCUUGGGGCCCCAUACUCUGGCAAGACUUCAUUCUCUCAUCUUCUGGCACAGAAAUAUGGGGCUAAGGUGCUCGAUAUGGAGAAGCUGGUGGUACCACGGAUGGAGAUUGAGAAAACUAAAGCCGUGGAGAAGGCACGCAAGGAUGCCAUGGAGUCCGCCAUACUGCAGGUUCGCACUCGCAUCAAGGAGCAGCUUGAGGCGGAACAGGCCGCAAAGGAAGCCGCAGAAGCUGCAGAACGUGAGCGAGCCGAGCGGGAAGCGGAGGAGAGAGAAGCAGCGGAGGGCGGUGAGAAUGACGAGGAACAGGAACAGGAAGGGGAAGGCUCUGACACAGAGGCUGACGCCACAACUGAGGCCGAGACUAAACCGACAGACCAAGACACAUCCAAAGCUGAAGAAGAGGAGGGUGGGGCCAAGCCUGAGGGUGAGGGGGUGGAGGAUGCCUCACCCUCUGAGGACAAGAAAGAGGAGACCCCCGCCCCUGGCCAGGGGGACAAGGGUGAGGAUAGCGAAAGUGAUAUCCCCGAAGGCUCCAUAGUGUCCUCAUCCCAAGCGACAGGUCAAGAGUCACAGGUCACUGAACAGAAGGAGAGCGGAGUAGCCGUUCCUGACAUUGACGAGAACCAUCCCGAUGUUAUCGCCCUUGUGGAGAAGGCCGUACAGGAUGCCGAGAAGAUGGUGAUCACGUUGCCUCCUGAGAUCUACCUGGAGAUUAUGGAAGAGAGCAUUAAGGAGGCGGAGAAACAAAUACGGGAUAACAAGCCGGACGGACCUAUACAUGGUGGCUGGGUCCUCGAUAACUUCCCAAACACACGCGACCAGUGGAAUCUCUGCAUUGAGAGGAAUCUUAUUCCCGACGAUGUGAUUGUCCUGAAGGAUGCUGGGGAGGGCUCCACGUUCCUCAUGAGCCGUUACUACAACAUGAAUAAAGAGGUCAUUGAUGAGAAGAUUCGCACAAGGAUCGCAGAGGAGGAGGCAAGGAAGAAAAAACUUGAGGAGGAACGCAGCAAAAAUGGUCCCAAUAGGCGUCGCGAGGAGGAAGAACGUUUGCAUCGUGAAGAGGAAGAGAAGAAGAGACUAGAGGAGGAGCGGUUGCGGAAAGAGGCGGAGGGGGAGGGAGAGGGAGAAGAGGAGGAGGAAGAUGAAGAUGAAAUGACGGAGGGUGAACAGCGUACGGAGGGUACGACAGAUGGUGGGGACAGUACCGAGGAGAAUAGGGUCGAGUUCAAGGAAGAGGAGGAGAAGAUCCCUGAAGGGCCGGAAAUGGAUGAAUACAAAGAGAAGCGUAAGGCGUAUGACACGGACUUUGCGAGCGUGGUGGCAACAAUCACUGGGGGGUCAACCAUCGAGGUCACUCAGCUUGAUGUUGAACAAGUCAAGAUUGAGGAGCUCCUUGAUGAAGCUUGCACAACUAUUGAACGUCAGUUCAAGUACCAGGGCUGGGAAUAUUCAGGCCAAGAUGUUGAUGAGGAGGCAGAGGAUGACGAGGCGGACCGUGCAGAGCAGGAGGAGGAGGAAGAGGCAGAAGGGGAGGAUGAAGACCCUAACAGAAGCAAAAAGAAACCAUUAGGGGACACGAACCACUACUGCCCAGUGGCCCUCAAGGAGAACAAUGUUCUGUUCCCGGGAAAUCCCGAGGUCGCAUCCAAAUUUAGGGAGAAGGACUACUAUUUCUCCACUCCCGAUGCCAGGGAGAAAUUCCUGGCUAAUCCUGAUGAGUUCCUGCCUAAAAAUGGUUGUCCUAAGGCACCACCAGUGCGCCUGCUAUUACUUGGUCCACGGGGCGCGGGAAAGACACUCCAUGGCCGGCAUUUGGCUCGUAAACUUGGGCUGUUCCACAUCUCGUUCAAGGACAGACUGCAGGAGCUCAUUAUGCACAAGACUAAGAAGAAGAUAGGCCCAGAACAUGAGGAAGAUAAUGAGGAAGAACCGCCAGAAGAGGAGGAUGAGAAUGAAGAAACGGCUGGUAUCACAGACCCUGAAGGCCAGCCCGUGAAAGAGAAAACUCAAGAUACAACAACCACCUCUGACCAGAAUGAUUCCAAGGAAGGGGAAGAAGAGGAGAUUGAGUACACGGAGGAGGAAGAGGCUAUCAAAACCAACCUGGAGACGGAGGAACCUCUGUCUGACGAGAUCCUUAACAACAUCAUCCCACAAUGGUGGCACAAGGAGCCUUUCAAGUCAACAGGAUUUAUACUGGAAGGAUUUCCACGUACGGCGGAUGAGUGUCGCUACCUGGCAGAGGCGGGUCUGUUCCCGGACGCGGGCCUGAUACUGACAGUGGAGGACACGGAUGUAAUUUCCCGACUUCUCCCACCCAGGCUUUACAAGUGGAAGGUGAAGCGCAAUAAACGGAUGGAGAGAAAGAAGAAAAAGAAGGACAAGGCACAGAAAAAAAGGGAAGCAGCCAUGCAGAAACGACGGGAGGAAUUGACAAAGGAACAGGAUGAGAAAAGAAAGGAGCGAGCUGCACAGAAGGCGGCAGAGCGUGGGGAGAGGGAUGAUGAUGAGGAGUUGGAAGAGGAGGAGGAGGAGGAAGAAGAGGAGGAGGAGGAUAUUGAGGCUGUUCUGGCCGAGGAGUUUGAGGAGGAGGAAGAAGAGGAAGAAGAAGAGGAGGAAAUGGAGGAGGAUGCAAUAGACAGGAUGAGAAAUGAGCUCAAUGAUGUCUACGACAACGACACCAACAAACUUGCGGCUGUCACUGACACGAUGGAUGAAAUCCUGAUCCCCAAGAUUGACAUUGAUGGCACACGAAAAACCAACAUCGUGCGCUUUAUUCUCACCAAGAAACUUAAGCCAGUUAUCGACGCGAGACAGAGCAUGUUUGAACGUGUUUACCCGAUCAGCGAGAAGCUUGCGAUGAAGAUGCUGGCUACAGGCUACAAACAACCAAGCAGAUUUGGCAGAUGGUGCCCUGUUAGGGUGAAGGCAGGUGAUUGUAUACAGACGAUGAGUGGUCCGGGCUACAGCAUGUUCCCAUGUAUCUACCGGUCGAAUAUCUACUUCCUGUCCUCCAUACCUGCCCGUGAGGAGUUUUGCGCUGACCCGAUCAAAUUCACUAGUCAGCCCACACCCAAACCUGUAGUACCAAUCAAGAUUGCUGUUGUUGGGCCACCUAAGGCUGGGAAAACAACAUUGGCAAAUAGGUUUGCCCAGGAGUAUGGUUUACUGCGCUUGUCCAUCGGAGAGGCGAUGCGGACAGUCAUGACCACACAGCCCAAGUCGAACAUCUCGAAAGAAAUGCAGAAGCACCUUAUUAAGGGCCUCACAGUGCCAGACGAGCUUGCGGUUCAGGCUCUUGAAAUGGCCUUACUUGACAUGAGGUGUCAGACCCGAGGCUAUGUGUUGGACGGUUACCCGCAGACCAAAAGACAGGUGGAGCUACUCACGGAGCGAUGUCUCAUCCCAGUCCGCAUCAUUGAACUCGACAUAAAUGGAAAAGACAUUAUUGUCCGCGGAGCUAAGGACAGGAUAUCAUCUAACAGAGCCAUGCCAGUUCACGACAGUGCCCAGAUCCUGGAAGUGAAGCGUUACGCAUACAAGCAACAUAUCAAGGAAGUUCAGGAUUGGUAUCGCUCAGAGCACAUGAACUACCGCCUGAUUGAUGGCACACGCUCCAAGUGGUGGGUGUGGAACACCGCUCUCGAACUGUCCCGUGACAGCGUACGCCAGAUACAGACAUACUUGCAGAGAAUCUCUGAUGGCAAGGCAUCGUCCAUUGCUGAUAUGUGCAUCACACCGACAGAGUUUCUUCAGCGGGUCGGUGAUUACUAUCAGUACUGUCCUGUCAGUCUUGCGUUGCGCGGGGAACUUGUUGACUGCUCCACAAAUACUACACUUGAUUUUGCUGUGGAAUUCAGAGGUCACUACUACAAGUGUGCCGGGCAGAAAGAGCUGGGUCAGUUCCUGGCAGAGCCCGAAAAGUUUGUUCCACCACUGGCGCCCAACAAACUCCCUCCCCCUAGCAAACUGCCUAGGAGACGCAGGCCCAAGGAUGUGCCAGCCACAGCAACCAUAGAACUCAACUCUUACUGCCCCGUCACAUAUCUGGAUGGCAAGUGCAGAUAUGAAGCAAUUGUGCCAGGAGUGAUGGAGUUUGUCGUUGAAUACAUCGGGAAAUAUUGGUACUGCCAGACAGAAGAGAAGCUGCUCCGAUUCAUGAAACUGCCAGAGCAGUAUGCGAGCCUGAAGCUGCCACACAAGUUGCCGCCCACAAAGGACUCCCUGUCAGUCACUGGGCUGCCGAUGCUGGGGUACAUGGAGCAGACCGUCUCCACAGCCAUCGUGAAGGCCAUGACCGCCGCUGGCAACACCAAACCCAAGUAUCCGUUUCUCAGUUCCAGCAGAUCUGCACUCUUCUACAUUGCCUACCAUUUGAAAGCGUUCAACCCCAAGAGUUCAGACUACAUUCGUAAGAAAUACAAGAAGAAGUUAGAGCGGUUCGAGGAGACAUGCGCGCUCAUUAAGUACCUGGGAAAUACGAUGACCGUCCGAUAUAAGGAGCCACAGGAGAGGCCUGAAGACUUUGACACGAAAUUAGAAACAUUCCUUGCUCUAAGGGGCAUUGAGCCAACCCCAACCUGGAUUUCGUAGUUUAAAUACAUGUGAAUUGUUCUUUGUGUGCUUCACUGGAUUAAUGAAAUUAUAUGUGAAAUGAGUUAGCAUUUGUGUAAAAAUAUUGACAUACUUUGUCAUCUUUGUGUUAAUUCAAAUGUAGCGAACGACCAUCAUUUAUUACAUUAAGAAAUGCUUGUUUCUUUAGUUGCUGAAUGAGUACUUUCAGAAAAGCUUAAAAAUAUUGCUUGAAAAGGACUUACAUGUAAAUGACAUCAUUGUAUUUUGUACUUGUAUGCCUCCUUGUAUUUCAUUUAUUAUAAAUCUUUACAAUAAUUGUAUGUUAGAUUGUCUGUGAUGUGCUGUAAGUUUGCUCUCACUUGGUAAAAUAAUUUACUCAUUACUUAAAAGCACAAUGUAGGAUGAUGACUGAAAUGAACAAAGAAAAGGGAAGUUUAUGAUUUGUGAAUAGUUAAAAAAUAGAACUUUAUAAACAUGUUAUUUUACUAAAUAUGACUUAUGUAUAUUUGUCUGAAAAAAACUAUGUCGAAAAAUCUUUAUGUUUAUAUAUUUAAAACUGAGUUCCAUGUUUUUAUUUUCCACCAGUUUAUAUGCAACUGCUUCAGCAUAUAUAUUUUCUGUGAUAUUUACUGAAUAAACUUGUUUUAAAUUAUUAUAGAAAGUGUUUGUCUUU